UGGACGCUCUCAGAAGAAGCGUGGUGACCAAAUCCAAAUCCUCUUGUCUCGCCUCCUCCAUCAUCAUCAUCGUCUGUGUUUUUUAACGAACCUCCUAGAAAAGGAAGAAACUUUCCAAAGAGCUUGAAAUAGAUUUGUCUUUCCAUGACGAAAAAUCUCUAAAAUCAAAUAUUUUUUUUUUGAGAAAGAAAGAGAGAUUGUGAAGAGGAGAAGAUGUCUAGUAGAUCUCUGGUGAAACGUUUUGUCCCUUACGUGUCUGCUCGUAUAAGAGAGAAUCAUAGGAUGCUUAAUUAUUGUUCUUCCGCUUCUUCUUCUGCUCUCAAAGAAGCUUCUUCCUCCCGAUCUGAAUCUCCUUCUCUCGAAGCUGUUCACCUUAGCGACAAUUGUAUCCGGAGAAUGAAAGAGUUGCAAUCGAGUGAGGCGGAGAAGAAGCUGCUUCGAUUGGGUGUAGAAACAGGAGGUUGUUCUGGUUUCCAGUAUGUCUUUGAGCUUGAUCAUACAACCAACCCCGAUGACAGGGUUUUCGAGAAGAACGGUGUUAAAUUGGUUGUAGAUAAUGUCUCUUAUGACUUUGUCAAAGGCGCUACUGUUGAUUACGUCGAGGAGCUCAUCCGUUCUGCUUUCGUGGUAGCUGAAAACCCGGCCGCAGUGGGAGGAUGCAGUUGUAAGAGCUCCUUCAUGGUGAAACAGUGAAGCAUUCUUCUUUUACAUGACUAGAAAACCAAAUUUGAUCCCUUUUUUUUUGUUAUUUACUUGUACAAUGUCUCACAAGGUUUUGCUAUGUAUCAUCAAAAAGGUAUAACUAGGGAAAGAUAACAAACCGUGUAGGCUUGUACCUCAGCAAAAUCAUAUAUAAGUUCAUCCUAUUUUUAUACAAUAA